AUGGAAGGUGACCGACUCAAUAUGCUUGGCGAGUGGUGGCGCAAGCUAGGUGUCGCCGUCGCUCAGAACCGUCCGGCACACGCUGGAGGCCACGGCGGCGGUCUGCCCGCCGAGACGAAUGGUCGGCAAGUUACCUUGUUGGAGCAAGUCCGGCCGAACACGUUCUUCGCCAUGACGGUCAAGCUUCUCUUUGUUGUUCCCAACGACUGGAACAGGCGCUACGAGCUCUACGUUACCGACGGGACUGUCAACCCCGCCCCGACCCGCAACUUUCACAAUGUCGAUGCUCAGAUCGCACCCAGUGCGGUUAUCUGCCUGACUGUUUUCGAUACGACUCAGCACCAGGCGAGCCUGUUUGAGGUCGGCAAGUUCUACACGUUUAAGAAUCUACGGAGCAAGGACCGCAAUGGCCUCGAGCUCAACUGGUCUGACAAAGUCACCGAGAAGCAAGCAGAGGAAGGGUGGCGCCCGAAGGCCGUCAUCGUCGUGCAAAGGGAAAGCGAGGAGGCCCAGGAGAUCGAGGCGUGA